AUGUCCCUCGCCUGCAUUUCCGUCAGACCUUUGGUGAUCAGCCAUGUAUCCCAUUCAGAGAAGAGAAGAACAUUGCCUCCUAUGAGUGGUAAUCAUCCGAAGCUGGGCACACUCAGGCGAUGUACAUCAUUGGAAUGGGUCUAUGACACUGAUGCACCAUCUGAUGGCUCGAUCGACGAAGGCCGUUUGGUGAUUCGAGUUGGGGAUGAUGUCUCCAUAUUUCCACUUGAUGAACGUGCAGUACCGUCGAAUGACGGAAGCCUCCCUACGAUGUCAUAUUGGUAUGGUAAGGACGUGUGGCUUGACAUACAGUGGUACUACAGGCGGGUUGACUUGGAGGAUCAAGAUGUGGACGAUCACAAGUCUGUCGUGGAUAUGCAUUGCGUCGAAGAUAUUGUUCGGUAUGAUGAGGGCGAUCUAUCCCAACCUCAAAUACCGACUGCGACCCUAUACCACCGGUGGAAUAUAUCCAUGCAAUUCACAACGCGCAGGAAUCUAGAACUGCAGCAAGUAAAUAUCGAAGUCUUGUUGCCGGUGGUUCAACGAGGCAUGAUGAGUAGGAACACAAAGGCACGCCUGCCAUCUCCCUACAACGCCGUCAGAUUUGAUGAAGAGUUUCUCGCCCUUAUGACAACACCGAUUCGAAGGGGGGGACACUGUGGGGUAGUUGGAAAUGGUAUACUUGUCAUCCAGGUCAGAGCACUCAUGGAACAGGCUGUAAAGGUGGGUACACUUCCCGAUGGAUGGAUGGACGACCUUCGGCCCACAGUGCAGACAUCUCCUAACGAGAUUAUUCGACGAUACUCCUGCCCCACAUGCAAAGGGAUGAUGGUAUUCCUUGGCUUACAAAAUGUUAGAUACAAUGCUAUCUACUGUCGGUUUAGCGGCCCACAUCAAUGCUGA